UAGUUACUACUACUACUCUGUUUAAAAAUAAUGGCAUUUCAAUAUUUGAACCAAUGAAUUAUUAGUAGGUGUAACUGACAUUAGCUAAAAAAACAAUAAUUGCAUUUCAUUAAGAAGAUUACUUUCAACUUCCAACUCUUCAUCGUCGUCACUGACUCUUAACAAUAUGGAUUCAGAUUCCGAAAUCGAAUACGACUAUUAUCCGAGGUUUAGAAUCUACAAGAACGGCCGAAUCGAACGUCUCGUGACCGAAACCUUCGUCACACCUUCACUAAACCCCGAAAACGGCAUCGUUUCUAAAGACGUCACCUACUCACCGGAGAAAAACCUCUCUCUCCGUAUUUACCUCCCUCAUAGAGCCGUUGAAGAAAACAAGAAGAAGAAGCUCCCACUCCUCAUCUACUUUCACGGUGGAGGUUUCAUCAUGGGAACAGCUUUCUCUACCGUUUACAACACUUUCCUCACGUCAACGGUUUCAGCCGGAGAUUGCAUCGCCGUCUCCGUGGACUACCGUCUUGCGCCUGAGCACCCUAUCCCCACGGCGUACGAAGAUUCAUGGGACGCGGUGGAAUGGAUAUUCAGACACGUCUCCGGGUCUGGUCCGGAAGAUUGGUUGAACGAGAAAGCAGACUUCGGUAGAGUGUUUCUGGCCGGAGACAGUGCGGGAGCAAACAUCGCGCAUCACAUGGGGAUAAGAGCUGAAAAAGAGAGUUUAAGAAUCUCCGGGAUGACUUUGUUUCAUCCGUUUUUCUUGUCAAAAGUUGGGGGUGUGGGAUAUUUUGAAGGGAUUUGGGAUAUUGCGAGUCCGGACAGUGAUAAGGAAGUGGUGGAUCCGUGGAUCAAUGUUGUCGGGUCGGAUCUAUCCGGGCUGGGUUGUAAACAGGUUUUGGUGAUGGUUGCGGGGAAAGAUGUAUUGGCGAGGGAAGGUUGGGUUUACAAGGAGGAGCUGGAGAAGAGUGGAUGGGAAGGGAAGGUUGAGGUGAUGGAGACUAAAGGGGAAGGUCACGUUUUCCAUUUAAGGAAUCCUGAUUCUGAUAAGGCUCGUGUAGUUGUUCAGAGAUUUGCGGAGUUUCUUAGAGACUAGACUGCAGAAUAAAGAUGUCUCAAGCGAGUCUUAAGCAGUUGGUUACUACACAGUUGUUAUGUUUGUAAUACUUCAGUCUGUUUAAAGAGUCUAUGUGUAAUGUGUGUAGUCGAAAUCCCUAAGAUAUAGAACAUUCAGUUUUACAUUUACAUUUGUUCUUUAAGCUUGUUUAACCGAUAUGGAAUCCCUUGUACUCUCCAUUUGAAAGUAAGAUUGGUCAUUUGCGCAAAAAGAG